UUGUGACGACUGCAGCCAAUAAUGGAUUCAUUAAAACUCUCUGUGGAUCAGUAGAAAAUGAAAAAAAAAAAAACCUAUGACGCGGAUAUAAUUGGACUAUAUCUCUUCUUCAUCAACCAAUCGCCCAAUUCAGAUGUCUUGUCCAACAAUCUACUAUAAGUUCAGCUAUAAUUAGUUCUACAAAUUCGAUGAUCUGACAUAUUUUCGACCAAAAUUUAACAAGACAGCAGCAAAUGGAAAAAAAUUAAACUGCUGUUGGUUACAGACGCUCCAAUUAUUUUGACUGGAUGACGACAACAACAACCGAGUGUUUCUGUACAGUGUUCAUAAAAAAGCGGUCGCACAUAUUCUAACCCCGAUAAACGAAAAGGGGCAACGUACAUCCGGAAUAACACUUGUCGCGCCUUGUAUCCAGACUUCGUGCGUCAAUCCAAUCUGCGUGUCUGGUUCGAAACUAUACAGCUGAACCCAACAGAUCCUUCGAAAAUUGUGCGACUUGUACAAUGGAUAUUGUCGUGCAAAUGCAGUUUUGUAAUACGUGUCCAUUCGCUUCCAUUUACUGGUGCAAGGUAAGGAUGCAGAUAAAUACCUCGCUGGUUGCUAGAACUUUUUCAGAGCAUUUCUUGCCAUCAUUUCGAUAAGGUUGGAAAAUGAAGUCGCUCCUAAUUUUUGUUCUCGUCUUCUGCUUGAUCAUUAUUGCCGUGGAAGCUCAGACUAAAACAACUCCCAAGGGGCAAGUAACGUCUACAAAACCCAAACUGACAACUGUCAAAUCAACACUAAGAACCACAACUCGUAUUAAAUUACCGAUAACCCCACCGAAAACCAGAACGACAACCCGACGACCGACAACCAGACCGACAACCAGACCGACAACCAGACCGACAACCAGACCGACAACCAGACCGACAACCAGACCGACAACCAGACCGAAAACCAGAACGACAACCAGGAAGCCUGUUACCACAACAGUCGCCACAACUAUUAAAUCCUUUAAAGUUUGUCAGGACACAAAUUCAGCAGCGGCCAGUGGAUCCAUUCAGCCAUUAGACGGGCUAAAACCAGUCGCAAUGGGAUCGCCGAGAACGUGCAGCUUUUCCAUUGUCGUACCUUUGAAUCAACAAGUUCAGAUGUCUUGCUCGGUCGCAAAACUCACUCCAAUAACAACUGUCUUAGACAACGCAGGAGGAAUUGAAAUAGUUUCAAGCUCAUUGACCUUCGACGGAACCCUCGACCUUCAGUCUUUCAGAAGAAUCGUACCAAACAGGCUUUACACCUCUUACAGCAAUGCAAUGACUGUCACUUAUCGAGUCGUCAACGCAGCAGACACAUUUAAUUGUAAUUGGACAACAAUUCUGGCGCCCACGACAACGACAGAUUUUAAAUGGUGUCGAGAUGGUGAGACGACUGCAGCCAAUGGUUCCAUUAAAACUCUGCGUGAACCAGUAGGAAAUUCAAAUGUGAACGAAGAAAGAGAAUGUUUCUUCUUCAUCAAUUCAUCACCCAAUCGUCAAGUUCAGUCGUCUUGCUCUUUUGGUGCUUCUAAAAAUUUUGAUCUAUCUACAGUUAGAAAAUUCAAAUUCUUUAAUUUGUUUCAACCUAAAUUUAACAAGACAACAGUAAAUAGCAAUCAAGUAGAUCUACUGAUGUCUUAUCAAGUUACCGAUACAGAUUUUCCAAUUGAUUGUAAUUGGAUGACAGCAACACCCACCACGGCGACGAGUGAUUUCAAUAACUGCGUUAACGUACAAUCAACGACCACAAAGGGGACUAUUACAUCAUUAGCCAAUACUGUGAACCACUUGAAAACUUGUUUAUUCUCCAUUUUCGUUUCUCUUGGUCAGCGCAUUCAGAUGUCUUGUACGGAUGUCGACAUCGGUUCUGAAAGCACUCUGAUAUUAUUUGAAACUGCCGAAAUUCCAAACUCUCUUGCAUCCAGGAAGGUUUACACAUCGAUAAACAAUCGAUUAGACGUUUUAUCUUCUUUAAUAUCAAGGCCAGGUGAAUCCUUUCAGUGUAAUUGGACGACGAUAACAAUUCCACCAACGAAGGACUUCAAAGUUUGCCGAGAUGGAGAGGCAACGGUAGACUCUGGAACGGUCACCCCACUUGAAAACACAGAAGCAGAUGUACUUGGAAGUAUCUGUCGCUUUACCAUUACCGCACCUGCUAAUAAGCGCGUUCAAAUGUCGUGUCCGGUUAUCAAUGAAUUUACCGACAUUUUUUUGUAUGAAUUCGACACCUACAUCUCCUCUAUCGCUAAUGAACCUAUCGUCAACCAGAUUUACACAUCAAAGGGAAAUCAAAUGUACCUUGAUUUGAACCUGAUGGAUUUUUUUGGCUUACCUUCGUUCAAUUGCACUUGGAAAUUCGUGUAAGCAUGUUUGUGUAACGGCCCCUGAAUGUGUGUCUCCUUCAAUAAUUGUUGGAAAUGAAUGACGGCAAGUCUAUGUAUUUCAUUUCGUGCUUCCGAAAUUCAACACCGUACAGGCCCUAACCCUACUACUGACAUCUAAAACAUUUUCAAAUUUCAUUUUCUUCAAUUAAUUGUUUGUAUUCAGGUGCAAGGUAUUGAGUGGUAUAAUCCAGUAAUUCCACCCUUAAUUGUUAUGUGUGUGUGGGUUCAAUACACUAUUAUGCCCUAAGCA